AGCGACGUUUCAAUCGCGCUAUGCAUGUAUAAUCGCGCUAUGACGAUCUACCUUCCACUGACCCGUUCUGCCCGUUAGCCAUUAGGGGGUUUAUCUUGUUUUCUGCGGCGCUAUGCUCCCCCCCCAACCCCACCGCGAAACCCCCUAAAAACCCAUCCCUCAGUUCGCACUCGCAUCCACCGCCAGCAAGGCGCCCAAUCAGAAAACCUGACAGGCCCGUCCCGGCUGCCUAGGACAGAUUUAUCAUCCGGGCUGCUUGGGAAACCCGAGAGUUUUGUCGUUUCGCAUUCUCCAGUUCUCUUGCUCCUCCCCCCCCAAACAGACCCAAUGCAGUCUGACUCAAGAUGCCUCGCCCAGAAUCGCUACUGACCCUCCUCGUCGUCGCCGUUUGCUUGCUAUGGAGCACCGCCGAAGCUUCCACCGGCGAUCGGCUACCCGAGUUCCGGGAAUGCGUCAAGGUCUGCGCCCGUGAGAAUUGCGAUCCGAAUAAUAACCCUACCCACAUCCCCCUCCACCUUCGCCUCCUCUUCUGGACCUGCCCCCAGGAAUGCGACUACACGUGCCAACACAUUGUGACGCAGCGUCGCGUGGCCGCGGGCAAACCAGUAACGCAGUUCCAUGGGAAAUGGCCGUUCGUGCGCUUUCUCGGGAUGCAGGAGCCCUUCUCGGUACUGUUUAGCCUGGGCAACCUGAUAGCGCAUCAUAAUGGGUUGAUCAAGGUGCGCGGGUCGAUCCCGGCGGCGUACCCGCUGCGCUGGUAUUACGAGAUGUUCGCGUAUUUCGGUAUUGCGACUUGGAUCUUCAGCGCCAUCUUCCACACCCGCGACUUCCGCUUCACCGAGCAACUCGAUUACUUCGCUGCCGGCGCUGGCGUCCUCUACGGCUUGUACUACACCCCGAUCCGCGUUUUCCGUCUCGACCGUCCCACGUACCGCCGCCGUAGCCUUCUGCGGAUUUGGACUGUCGCCUGUUGCGCUUUAUAUGCCGCGCACGUCGCAUACCUAAAGCUGUGGCGCUGGAACUAUACGUAUAAUAUGGCCGCCAACGUAAUUGUGGGCUUGAUACAAAAUAGUCUCUGGAGCUAUUUCAGUUUGAAGAAGUGGUCCGCGACCCACAGAUCGUGGGCAAUCUGGCCUGGUAUCGCCGUCGCGUGGAUCAUGACGGUGAUGGGCUUGGAGCUGCUGGACUUCCCACCGUUGUGGGGAGCCCUGGACGCACAUAGCCUAUGGCAUCUAGGCACCAUCGGCCCUACCAUACUAUGGUACAAUUUCAUGGUCAAGGAUUCCCAGGAGAAUAUCGCACACGCGGACUGGAUAAAGGAUAUUAAGGCCUAACAAACGGCGCGUCUUUACUGGUUAAAUUGAUCGAAUGUUUAGAGUCGAUCGUUGUAUAUCCAAGUGUAGUGCGGUCUACGGCGUUCACGAAAUCUCUGGUAAUAGGACCAUCAUUUUUUCGGCCGGCAAAAAGGGAAUAGUAUCAUAGAAGCAGGGAGUUUGAGGUUCGAAUCCAAGUUAACAUAGACUAGGUCAAUACCUAUCAUUAACUACCUAAAAUAC